UGGCACCCGGAGCCAGCGGCCGCCCUUAGCGGGGGGCUCGGGGUGCCCAAGGGGUGUCCCGGCUGGAGGCGGCUCCGCCUCGUCCCUCCCCGCCCCUCCUCGCCCUUCCCUGCGCCCGUCAGCGGGGGAUUAGCGAAGGGACAGCCCCGACGGGCUCGGGGACAGCGACAGGGCCACCUCGGCUGGAUGUAGGAGGCCAAGGAGGCCAGGGAGGACCGAGGUUGGCAUCGCCCGUCCCGUCGGGGGGCGAGGACGGGGCCCCCCCCCGCGCCCCAGCGGCCCCCCGGGGCAUCAUGAAGGACCGUCUGGAGCAGCUCAAGGCGAAGCAGGAUGCUGACGAUGACGACGAGGAGCUGGAGAUCGCCGUGGACAACACGGCGUUCAUGGAUGAGUUCUUCUCUGAGAUCGAGGAGACUCGGCAGAACAUCGACAAGAUCUCAGAGAAUGUGGAGGAGGCCAAAAAGCUCUACAGCAUCAUCCUCUCAGCGCCCAUCCCCGAGCAGAAGACCAAAGAUGACCUGGAGCAGCUGACGGCCGAGAUCAAAAAGAUGGCCAACAGCGUCCGCAACAAGCUGAAGAGCAUGGAGAGGAACAUCGAGCAGGACGAGGCGCGAUCCUCCGCCGACCUCCGCAUCCGCAAGUCCCAGCACUCGGUCCUGUCCCGCAAGUUUGUCGAUGUCAUGACCAAGUACAACGAGGCUCAGGUGGAUUUCCGGGAGCGCAGCAAGGGCCGGAUCCAGCGGCAGCUCGAGAUCACUGGCAAGAACACCACAGAUGAGGAGCUGGAGGAGAUGCUGGAGAGUGGGAACCCCUCCAUCUUCACCUCAGGGAUCAUGGACUCACAGAUCUCGAAGCAGGCGCUGAGUGAGAUCGAGGGGAGGCACAAGGACAUUGUGAGGCUGGAGAGCAGCAUCAAGGAGCUGCAUGACAUGUUUGUGGACAUUGCCAUGCUGGUGGAGAACCAGGGCACCAUGAUCGACCGCAUCGAGAACAACAUGGACCAGUCUGUGGGCUUCGUGGAGAGGGCUGUGGCUGACACCAAAAAGGCUGUGAAGUACCAAAGUGAGGCCAGGAGGAAGAAGAUCAUGAUCAUGUUGUGCUGCAUCAUCCUCGCCAUCAUCUUGGCUGCCAGCAUCGGAAGCAUCUUCGCCUGACGUCCCCCACCCGCUGCCCUCCAGGUGGCCUUUCCCUCUUCGGAUGAUCCCUCGCACGGCUCCAGCCGUCGGAGAGAUCCCCCCCCGGGCCUCGCCUGCCAAGCCGUCCAGCCCGGAGCCCCGAGGCCAGCCCUCCGCCGCAGCCCGGGAGGUGCGGAGACCACGCUCCCCCCUUCCCUCCCUGCAGCCCGCAGCACCCCGUCCCCCGCUCCCCAGCCUUCGUUUGGGCCGAGGCUCAGUGGCCCCGUGACCAGCAGCCCCCUCCCCUCGCCGGAGGAGCCGCGUUUCCCCUUCCCGGGGCAGCGUGCGGGGUGCUGAGGGCUCUGCCUCACACGGGGCGGAGGGAAGAGCCUCUCCCCGCCCUCACCCGGAGCUCCUCAGCGGUGAUUUCUCCAUCUCAACGGCUCUUCAGCUGUGCAGCACCCCUCCCCCCGA